AUGAUUGGGGUAAUUGUGCCCUAUGUGGCGAAAAUCCGUCGAUCUUACCAAUCGAAUGACAUCAUCGACAGGCUCAACUAUCAGUACACGGCUUUGAUUGUGAUGAUUGGAGCCAUUUCCCUUGCCGCCACACAAUAUGUCGGGAAACCGAUUCAAUGCUGGGUGCCCGCUCAAUUCACUGGUGCUUGGGAGAAAUAUGCGGAGACAUAUUGCUUCAUCAAGGGCAGUUACUAUCUUCCACUGGACGACCAUUUCAGCAACGAUUUUAUUGAGAGAGAUAAUGCGGUGAUUGGCUACUAUCAAUGGGUGCCUAUGGUUCUCGCGGUUCAAGCUUUCCUCUUCUAUCUUCCGUCACUUAUUUGGAAGGCUUUCAACUUUAGCACUGGAAUCAAUGUGAAAGCAAUCCUCACCUCUGCUGCCCAAGUAAAGAAGAAGAUCGAUCAAAAGUCACGGGAUUCACAAGUAAAAAUGGCGGCUCAUCACAUUAAAGAAGCCCUCGAGAUGCAAAAAGAGUUGAAAAGCGAUUCGGUGGCUUUUAUCCGAGAUUCGAGAAAAUCUGGUCACUAUUUGUCUGUUCUUUACAUCAUUGUCAAAGUGCUCUACGUGGCUAACAUUUUCGUGCAAUUCUGUAUAUUUAGAGCCUUUCUCGGUACAAAAUCUCCUUUCUGGGGCCUCGAGAUUCUCAACGAUAUUCGACAAGGACGAGAAUGGGAAGAGACUGGGAAUUUCCCUCGAGUUACCAUGUGUGACUUCAAUGUUCGAGUGAUGGGAAAUCUCCACCGAUGGACGGUGCAAUGUGUUCUUAUGAUUAACAUGUUCACCGAGAAAAUCUACGUCUUCUUGUGGUUCUGGUUCUUGUUGGUCGGCGUUCUCUCAGUGAUGUCAUUAGUUUAUUGGCUUGGCUCUCUUCUUAUGCCCAACAAUCAACGGGAAUUCAUCUCUAAAUAUCUUCGUUGCACUGGAGCUGUUGAUUCAACACCGACUGCGAAGCAGAACAAUCAAAUCGACUCUUUUGUAAAGCAUUUUCUAACAGCUGAUGGAGUUUUUCUUUCAAGACUAAUACAGACAAACGGAGGCGAUCUCUUGGCUGGCGAAAUUCUCACCGCACUCUUCAAAGAUUGGUGUCAAAGGCGUGAUAUGGACGAUUCUCCAAACACAACAGCUACCACAAAU